AUGUCGAACAAAAAACUAUCUUCACCCUUAGGAGAAGCAAAGGUUCCAUUAAUAUCACCAAAUGAAGAAGACCAAGAACAAACUCUUACAAGGAAGGUUUUGAUUGAAUCAAAGAAACUAUGGCAUAUAGUAGGUCCUGCAAUUUUCAGCCGUAUUGCAUCCUAUUCUAUGUUGGUCAUCACUCAAAUCUUUGCUGGCCAUCUCGGCGACCUCGAACUCGCUGCUAUCUCCAUCGCCAAUAAUGUUAUUGUUGGCUUCGAUUUUGGACUCUUGCUGGGAAUGGCGAGUGCAUUAGAAACACUAUGUGGACAAGCAUUCGGAGCAAAACAAUAUCACAUGUUAGGAGUAUACAUGCAACGAUCUUGGAUAGUAUUAUUCAUUUGCUGUAUUUUUCUAUUACCGAUAUAUCUUUUCGCAACACCGGUGUUACAAGUGUUGGGACAACCAGAGGAUUUAGCGGUAUUAUCAGGAGAAGUUGCAAUGUGGAUGAUACCGUUACAUUUCGCAUUUGCAUUUCAGUUUCCUCUGAAUAGGUUCUUACAGAGUCAGCUUAAAACCGCAGCUAUAGCUUGGGUUUCUCUGAUGGCACUUUUGGUUCAUGUUUUAGUUAGCUGGUUGUUUGUGUAUAAGUUUCAGCUUGGUGUGAUUGGAACGGCUGCUACUUUGAAUUUCUCUUGGUGGGCCCUUACGAUUGGGCUUUAUGUUUAUACUGUUUAUGGCGGUUGUCCUUUGACAUGGAAAGGGUUUUCCAUGGAAGCUUUUUCUGGACUUUGGGAAUUUCUUAAACUCUCUGCUGCUUCUGGUGUUAUGCUAUGUUUGGAGAAUUGGUAUUAUAGAAUUCUGAUAUUGAUGACUGGGAAUCUACCUAACGCAGAGAUUGCAGUAGAUGCUUUGUCCAUAUGUAUGACAAUAAAUGGUUUGGAGAUGAUGAUUCCUUUGGCAUUCUUUGCUGCAACUGGAGUGAGAGUUGCAAACGAGCUUGGAGCUGGAAAUGGAAAAGGAGCAAAGUUUGCUACUAUUGUAGCUGUGUUAACAUCAUUAACAAUAGGACUUUUCUUCUGGAUAUUGAUUUUGGCAUUGCACAAUAAAUUUGGCUACAUAUUUUCUACUAGUAAACCUGUUCUUGAUGAAGUAAGCAAGCUUUCUCUUCUAUUAGCUUUCACUAUUCUUCUCAACAGCAUUCAGCCAGUUCUAUCAGGCGUGGCCGUUGGAUCAGGAUGGCAAUCAUAUGUUGCAUACAUAAACUUGGGUUGUUAUUAUAUUAUUGGAGUCCCUCUUGGAUUUUUAAUGGGUUGGUACUUUAAGCAAGGAGUUAUGGGAAUCUGGGCAGGGAUGAUAUUUGGAGGAACAGCAACUCAGACAUUAAUAUUGUGUUUGAUUACACUUAGGUGUGAUUGGGAGAAAGAGGCAGAGAAAGCAAAAUUGCAUAUUACAAAGUGGUCAGAUAAAAAACAAGAAUUGGGCUAG